AAACACCUUGAGGAUUGAUUCCAAACAACGUUUGCCAUGUUUCGGUCGAUAUUAUGUAGUUAAUCCGGAAAAAGUUUCACGUUGUAGGUGACUGUAUUUUUGGUUCGUUUCGGUAGCCAGGCGCAAUGUAGAAAACGGAACGAUUUCUCCUACACACAGACGCUUUCAGGAAACACUGCGCAUUUGGUAUGUGGCUGGGAGUCUCCUCAUUGAAAACAUCAGAAGCUCUUCAAAGACCAGAAGACACAGACAGAGACAGUGACAAGAAGAGAAAGAGGAAAGAGACCCCGGUACUGUGAUUGAUUCAUCAAGGCAGUGGAAGCAGGAUGUGGGUCCUCAUCUCGGCAGCUCUACUUCUCUCUCUGACAGAGAGAUCCACAUGCGAUACACUGGCAGCACCACCAAAAGCAUCACCCUGGACCAUCACUUUCAGUCCAGCAGAAAUAACAGCAGAGAAGGGACUAUGUGCUGUUAUUUCAUGUACAUUCACUCACCCUGAUAACAUCAAGCCUACCGCUGCAAUAUGGUUCAAGUGCCCUGCAAGUGGCAAAUGUGAUCAGGAUAAAAACAUCAUGUUCCACUCUGAAACUCCCUCUAAAGCUCAGAAGGGUUAUAAACAGAGAGUGUCUCUGCUGGAGACUGAUCUGACAAAGAAGAACUGUAGUGUGAUCAUCAACGACAUCAGAGAGAAUGAUGCUGGAGAGUAUCAAUUCAGACUUCAUAGUUUAUAUACAUACCCGAAGAAAGUGAACAUCGCAGUGAGCGCUCUGACCCAGAAGCCCUCAGUGUUGACUCCUGCUCUGACAGAGGGAGAACCAGCUACUCUGACCUGCACCGCCCCAGGGAUGUGCUCUGGAACUCCUCCUAACAUCACAUGGAGAUGGAGAGGAACAGGAGACAACAUCACUGAGCUCAGAGACAACAUCACCAUACAGGAGAGAGAGAACCUGACCACUAUGACGACAACCCACUUCUCAACGUUGACCUUUACUCCCUCAGCUGAACACCACAACAUGAUGGUUACGUGUCAAGUAACCUUCCAGAAAAAUUUUCAAAUUGAAGAGACAGUAACUUUGAAUGUGACAUAUGUGAAAGACCCCCAAAUAACUGGAAAUGAAAUGGUGAAGGAGGAUGGUACACUGGAUCUGACCUGCAGUGUUGACAGUUACCCUCCAUCUGACAUCACUUGGAGUAAGAACGGGACAAGUGCCCCACUUCAGAAUUACACUGAAAAUGCCACUCUCACCAUCUCCAAUGUGACAAGAGAACAUUCUGGGGAGUAUGUGUGUACAGUUCAACACCUCAACAGGACUAUGACUGCUUCCACUGUUGUCACUGUGAUGUACCUUCCUGUGAUUCUUCCUGGCUCUGGGUGUGUGGACCAGGCAGAGGUCAUGACCUGUGUGUGUGUCAGUCAGGGGGUUCCCUCACCUCUCAUAGUGUGGCCACUUCUGGAGCUCAACACAGAGAGGUGCAGCCUCACUACGUCAGUGUUGGGUUCCUCAGUGUACAGCACCAUCAGUGUGCCUGUUGGAAACCACAACAACACCACUGUGGAGUGUGUCAGCAGAAAUGUGGUGGGUGUAGUGAGAGAGAAGCUGCAGGUCACACAAAAUAAGAGCCAAGAAAAGCAAAGAGGAUGUGGGAAUGCAGUUCUCCCCUGGACCAUAGCUGGUGUGUCUCUCAGUGUGACUGUAGCCCUUCUCAUCUACCUGUCUAAAAAUGCUUACAUACGGAUGCAAGGUAUGAAUGUGAAACCAAAAGAAGAGGAGAGUACCUACAUCUCAUUGGAUAAAAAAUACACGUCUCAGGAAGAGUAUGAGGUCAUUGCCAGGCGUCCAAGAUGAUUGAGCACCCCCCCCCCACCCACCCACCCACUCCUAAGUUUAUGCUGAGAGUUUUCAGUAGACUGAGAUCAUUUUCAUGUAAAAUAAUUCACACUUAUUGUCUUAGUAAAGUUUCUGAUUUGUGUGCAUAAAAUGAAAAAGUUAUUAAGCACAAUUUUUUAUAAUAAAAAUGAUUAUGUAUUUCAUGGAAAAGCACAAGUAUUAUAAGUUUUAAAAAAUCACAUACUUUUUUAAAUUUUUACUUUAGGUCGACUAUGUAAAUCAAACAUGGAGAUAUAAUGAUUCUUUGCACUCUGCACUAUCAUCCUGAAAUUGUACAUUUGCUCAUUGCACUUUGUGCAUUGCUGUAGAUUCCUUCACCUGCCAAUUCUCUGACUUCAAUAUAUAUAUUUCCAUUCCAUAUUGUGGUAAAAAAAAGAUGUGUGAUGUAGUUACUGUAAACAAUGAAGAGGUGGCAUGAGAUUAACUGUUAAUUAAGUAAUGGAGAAACUGUAUGAAAUAAUAUAUACUGUCGUGGACAAAAUAUUGGCAUCAUUGCACUUUUUUCAAGUAACUCACAAUUUUCCCUAAAAAUAAGUUGAAAUUGAAUAAAGUAUUUGGUCUCCACAGUUCUUUAUUUCACUGUUAAUAUUACAGAACCUUUGUUUUUGAUUCAGAACACAAUAUAAUGAUUAAAAUCAGAAAAUAUAACAAUGGCAUUAACAAAAUUAUUGACACCCUCGACUUGAUAUUUGGUAGCACAGCCUCCCGAAAUACUGCAAUCAAGUGCUUCCUAUAACCAUCAAUGAGCUUACUGCACCGCUGUACUGGCAGUUUAGCCCAGUCCUCUUGUGCAAACUGCUCCAGUUCUCCCAGAUUAGAAGGGUGCCCUCUCCUCACUGUUGUUUUCAGAUCUCUCCACAAGUGUUCAAUGGGAUUUAGAUCUGGAUUCAUUGCUGGCCACUUCAGAACAGUCCAGUGUUUUGUCUUGAACCAUUCCUGGGUGCUUUACCAAAAAGCUCUAAUUUGGUCUCAUCUGUUCACAGGACAUUAUCCCAGAAGGAUUUUGGCAUGUUCAGGUGUGUUUUGGCAAAUUGCAGUCGGGCUCUCUUAUGUCUUUCUCUCAGAAGUGGGGUCUUCCUGGGUCUCCUACCAUAUAACCCUGUUUCAUUGAGUUGGCUACGGAUGGUGCGAGUUGAAACUGUCGUUCCUUGUGUCUGAAGGUCAGCUUGAAUGUGUGUGGCAGUUGACCAAGGUGCUUUCUCCACCAAUCGAACAAUCCUUUGCUGAAAACUUACAUCAAUUUUUCUUUGGUGGCCACGUCCAGUGAGGUUGGCUGCAGUGGCAUGGGCCUUAAACUUCUUUGGGAUAGGGGGCGGUAUUUUGACGUCCGGAUGAAAAAUGUGCCCAAAGUAAACUCCCUGCUACUCAGGCCCAGAAGCUAGGAUAUGCAUAUAGUAGACACAAAUAUAGAUUUGGAUAGAAAACACUCUAAAGUUUCUAAAACUGUUAAAAUUAUGUCUGUGAGUAUAACAGAACUUAUUUGGCAGUCAAAACCUGAGGACAAACCAUCCAGGAUUUUUUAAUUUGUUGAGUAGACUGUGUUAUCAAUUGGUUUUCUAUGGGUAACUAGAUUUAUGAGGCACUUGGUUGCAGUAUUUUCCACCAUAAUUUGCAAAUAAAUUCAUUAAAAAUCCUACAAUGUGAUUUUC